AUGUUCAAUAUUUGGUUAUUAUGGCUAUUUAUUGGUCAAACAUCAGGCAUUGCAUACAAUCUACCAAAAUUUUGUGCAAAUGCAACAUGGAAUCCUACGGCUAUAACUUUUGCUAAUAGUACUAUAAUUAGUGCAAAUCCUCAUGGACUUUUUGUCGACACAAAUAAUACGGUUUAUGUAGCUGAUACAGCAAACAAUCGCGUGCUAAUUUGGUUUAAUGGUAGUGCAACACCGACAAGUAUUAUCUCGGAUGGUUUAUAUUCACCUUAUGGCCUUUUUAUCACAGAUAACCGUGAUAUUUAUGUUGAUAAUGGUAAUACAAGUAAUCGGGUUGACAAAUGGGCAUUUAAUGCAAAUAGUAGUGUUCCAGCAAUGUAUAAUUGUGGACCAUGUUAUAGUCUUUUUAUUGAUAUUAAUAAUAUGCUUUACUGCUCGAUGUAUUAUUCUAAUAAAGUUAUCGCAAAAUCAUUGAAUACACAUUUAAAUAUUUGGAAUACUGUCGCUGGAACAGGAACUGCUGCAGCAACACCAUCUACACUUUAUAAACCAUGUGGUAUCUUUGUCGAUAAUAAUCUAAAUUUGUACGUGGCUGACACUCUUAACAAUCGAAUUCAAAAGUUCGCAUCAGGACAAUUAAAUGGAACAACAGUACCAACAGGCACUAUCACACUUAAUUCGCCAACUGGAAUUAAUCUUGAUUUUGAUGGAUAUCUCUUUAUUGUUGAUCAAUAUAACUUUCGUGUUAUCGGUUCAGGACCUUAUGGAUAUCGAUGUAUAGCAGCAUGUUCUGGAACUUAUGGCUCAUCAUCUAGUCAAUUAUAUCAUCCAUACUCACUUAGUUUUGAUAGUUAUGGAAAUAUGUUUGUUAGUGAUAUAUUAAACAAUCGAAUUCAAAAAUUUUUCUUGGUGACAAAUGGAUGUAGUGGAACAACAUCAAUGACAACGAUGUCUAGUGUAACAUCAGUGAAUAGUACGCAAUCAGUUCCUUUAUCAACAUCUACUUACGGAACAAGUUCUACAACUGUAUCUUCUUCGACAAGUCUUUCAUACAAUCUACCAAAAUUCAGUGCUUAUGCUACUUGGAGUUCUAAUGGAGUAACUCUUUUCAACGCUACGACUGUUGGAACAAGUCCAUAUGGUUUAUUCGUUAAUACUAACAAUACUCUUUAUGUAUGUGAAUAUUCUAAAAAUAUGAUUCAAGUAUGGCUUGAAAAUAGUACCAUACCUAUAAGGAAUAUUAGUGGUGGUUUAUCUUCUCCAUAUGCUAUGUUUGUUACAGUUAACGGUGAUGUUUAUGUUGAUAAUGGUAAUUCAAAUAGUCAAGUCGACAAGUGGGCUGUAAAUACAACAACUGGUGUUUCAGUAAUGAUUGUCAAAGCCGCAUGUUAUGGUCUUUUUGUUGAUAUUUAUAAUAAUAUUUAUUGUUCACAAUAUGCAUAUCAUCAAGUAGUUACAAAAUCAUUAAAUAGUAGUUCAAAUAUGUGGAUCAUUGCUGCUGGUACAGACUGUCAAGGAUCAACAUCAAAUACACUUUAUAAUCCUCGUGGUAUAUUUGUUGAUACAAAUUUAAAUUUAUAUGUUGCUGAUUAUAAUAAUAAUCGAAUACAAUUAUUUUUAUCAAAUCAAUUAAAUGCUGUUACAGUAGCUGGUUCUGGAGCAUCAUCAACUAUUAGUCUUUCUGGUCCUAGUGGAGUUGUUCUUGAUGCUGAUGGUUAUCUAUUUAUUACGGAUAGUUCCAAUAACCGUAUUAUUGGUUCAGGUCCAAAUGGAUUUCGUUGUCUAGUAGGAUGUUCACAAGUUGCUGGUUCGGCAUCUAAUCAGUUAAAUAAUCCACUAACGUUAAGUUUUGAUAGUCAUGGAAAUAUAUUUAUUACUGAUGGAUCUAAUUAUAGAAUUCAAAAAUUUCUUAAAACAAGUAAUAUUUAUAGUACAAAUAUCAAUCAACCAAGCUUCUGUCCAUCUACAACUUGGUAUACAGAUGGGAUUACAUUUGCUAAUAGUAGUACGGUUGGAACAAAUGUAUAUGGUGUUUUUGUUAGUAUUAAUAAUACUGUCUAUGUGGCUAAUCUACAAACUAAUAAGGUUAUAUUAUGGUUCGAAGGAAGUACUAAUCCAGAUAAAAUUCUUUCUGGUAGUUUGAGUAUACCAUUUGAUCUUUUCGUUACUCCUCUAGGUGAUAUAUACGUUGAUAAUGGUUAUUCAUAUGGUCGAGUUGAUAAAUUUCCAUUCAACUCAAAUAUAAGUACUUCUGUAAUGUCAGUUCCUAAUGUAUGUGCUGGCAUUUUUGUUGAUAUUAGUAAUACACUUUAUUGUGCGGCGUCUAAUUCUCAUCAAGUUGUUAAGAAGUGGUUGAAUGAUACUGUACUCACGUCAACUAUCGUUGCUGGCAACGGUACACCUGGAUCAACAGCAACUACGCUUUAUUACCCUUAUGGAAUUUUUGUCGAUGCUAAACUUAAUUUAUAUGUUGCAGAUACUGUUAAUGAAAGGAUACAAAUGUUUCCGCUUGGACAAUUAACUGGAAUAACUUUAGCAGGAGCCGGUGCAUCAGGAACUGUUACACUUAAUAAUCCAAAUGGUAUUGCAUUAGAUGGUAAUGGAUAUCUUUUUAUUGCAGAUACUAAUAAUAAUCGAAUAAUUGGACAAGGACCAUAUGGUUUUCGAUGCUUAUUUGGAUGUACAACAAUAUCUGGUUCAACAUCAAAUCAAUUAUAUUAUCCAACAACUUUAAGAUUCGAUAGUUAUGGAAAUCUAUAUGUUGCUGAUAAAGGUAACAGUCGAGUGCAAAAGUUUAUAUUAGCAUCAAAUUCAUGUAGUCUUUCUUAUAAUCAACCAACAUUUUGUUAUAAUGCUUUAUGGUCUUCGAGUGCCGUAACUUUUGCAUCAAGUAGUACAAUUGGUACAUUACCUUAUGGUAUUUUUAUUGAUGGAAUUAAUACUGUGUAUGUACCUAAUCGAGUUAGUAACACUAUUUUAUCAUGGCCUCAAUGGAGUAAUAUAUCAACAAGUAAUAGUUAUAGUAAUUUGAAUAAUCCAUAUAGUCUUUUUAUGUCGAUGACUGGUGAUAUUUAUACUGAUAAUGGUUACUUAUAUGGUCGAGUUGAUAAAUACGUAUUUAAUACAUCAAAUCGUGUUACAGUUAUGAAUGUUAAUGGAAGUUGUUAUGGUUUAUUUAUUGAUAUUAAUAAUAAUCUUUAUUGUUCACUGAAAAAUCUUCAUCAAGUUGUUACACUUUUACUUAAUAAUAGUACAACCAUUCCGACAAUUGCAGCCGGUAAUGGUUCUGCUGGAUCUCUAUCAAAUAUGCUUAAUUCUCCUCAAGGAAUCUAUGUUGAUAGUAAUUUAAACUUAUAUAUUGCAGAUUGUGCUAAUAAUCGUAUUCAAUUCGUUCAAACUGGUCAAUUAAAUGGAGUGACACUCGUUGGUAAUGGUUCAUCAGCAAAUAUUACACUCAACUAUCCAACUGGAAUUGUCCUUGAUGCUAAUGGUUAUCUUUUUAUUGUCGAUAGUUAUAAUCAUCGUAUUGUUGCUUCAAGUUCUACUGGUUUUCGAUGUAUAGUUGGGUGUUCUGGCGGUGGUUCAUCUGCAUCUCAAUUAUCUUUUCCACAGAGUAUGGCUUUUGACAGCUAUGGAAAUAUAUAUGUUACUGAUCGAAAUAAUAGUCGAGUACAACAAUUCGCUCUUCAAACAAACAACUGCAGUAAGUUAUUUUUAUAUAAUGGAACAUUAAGAAGUUGUGUAGUUGAUAAUUAG